UCAGCGCCAUUACAUCGAUAAAUGUCAUCGCGGCGGCCGCCAGCGUGAAACGCCGCCGAGCAACGGUUCACCUGGCCCCUGCCGCCCGCGCCGAGAGGAGGAGGGAAGGAAGGAAGGACGGUGGAGCGAGGAUCGCGCGACGCCUGUUCCCGAGCACGGCCACGCGUCCCGGUCGCGCGGCACCGCGGCGAUGUCGACCAAGCGGAAAAACGCGAGCGGCAAGGCGAAGAGCCGCCCCAAGUCGCGCAAGGUGGAAUACGACGAGGAGGACAUUUCCAGCGAGCACGACUCGGAGGUCGAUGACGCCGAGGCCGGCGCCAACGUCGACGGCGAGGACGGCGCGGCCGAGGACGCGCUCGCGGACGACUCGAGCAUGCCCGAGCUGCCGGCUCCGGAGGGUGGCUGGGGCAAGCCUGGAACAUUGCUCAUGUGUGGCCUUACUAAUUGGGAGAUGGCUGGUCGCAAGGCACCGCCUAAGGGGGUGAAAGCGAACGUAGGACGUAGCCUGUGGACGCCGCAUACCUUUAAGAACCUCAACGACGCGAGAGUGCGACUGAUCGCGUCCGGUCCUGCCGCGUCCCACAGCAUUGUCGUCACCGAGGAUAAUAGAUGCCUGGCUUUUGGCAGAAACGACAAAGGUCAACUGGGCGUCGGGGACACGAAACGUCGCGACGAGCCCACCGAGGUUGAAGCUUUAAAGGGACACACGAUUAUAGGGGCGUCCUGCGGACGCAACCACACCUUAUUCUUAACGAGCCGCGGCAUAGUUUUCGCCGCCGGCGACAAUAAACUGGGCCAGUGCGGGGUCGGCAAGAAUGACCCUUGCAUCGUGACCGCCACCAAAGUGAAGUACUCCGGGCCGCCGAUCGUGAAAGUGGGAUGCGGCGCGGAAUUCUCGAUGAUCCUCGACCUCAAGGGCGGCCUGCACUCGUUCGGAUGCCCGGAGUACGGCGCUCUCGGCCACAACACCGACGGCAAAUACUUCAUCACGAACACGAAGAUGGCAUUUCAUUACGAGAAAGCGCCUAAGCGAAUCGUCCUGUACGUCGAGCGAGGCAAGGACGGCCACGCGACACCGUUGGACCGCGUGGAGAUCACGGACUUCAGCUGCGGCCACUACCACACCGUGGCGAUCGACAGCAAGAGCCGCUCGUUCUCCUGGGGAUUCGGCGGAAUCGGCCGUCUCGGCCACAACGAGCAGCGCGACGAGCUAGUGCCGCGUCUCAUCAAGUUUCUGGAGCCGCCCAGCCGCGGCGUUCGCGCGGUGUACUGCGGCAGCACGUACAGCAUCGCGAUCAACGUCCACGGCUCCGCCCUGAUGUUCGGCCAGACUAAGCGCACCGGCGAGGCCAACAUGUACCCCAAGCCCAUUCAGGAUCUGUCCGGUUGGGAGAUCCGGUGCGUCGGUUGUUCGCAAACAAGCGUGGUGGUCGCGGCCGAUGACUCCGUCAUCGCCUGGGGCGCCAGUCCUACGUUCGGAGAAUUGGGUUUCGGUGAAAUGCGAAAGUCGUCGACGACUCCGAUGGAAGUGAAAGCCUUGGAGGGUUUAUACAUUACUGCUGUUACGUGUGGUCUGUCUCAUACGCUUAUGAUCUGCCGAGACGAUACCGAGGAGGAGAGGGCCAAGAUUAAUAAGCUCCAGGUGUACUCUGUUUAAAAUAUAUUCUUCGAUUGCGUAAACGGGUCUCUAUUGCAUCAUUAUGCAGCUGAUCGAAUCAGAAGAACAAGUACCUUCGACGAGCCACAGCUACAUUUCGACGAAUUUUUAACAAAGUAUCCGAGAACGGUAACAGUAGGUCGCCACGAAACGUCCAGAAAAGAGAUAUAAGAUUAGAUAUUACUACUCUACUUUGUACUUCCAGUUUUUACUUAACGCGCGAAUGAAAAUCGAUCUGUGACAUUUGUGAAACCCAUUCUGUUAGCAGCUCAGGUUAAUAGACCAAACAAGAUAGAUGUGAGAAUAUAUUUUGAUACGUUGCUAUUUUAUUGAAGUUUGCUGCAAUUUUCAUCGGAAUGGAGAUGGUUAUUCGUACGGCGGAGCUGAAGAACUGGAAAAAGAACUGGUAGAACUUAGCAGUAACUGCCUUCAUUUUUACCGCUUUCUUAAUCUAUUUCAAAUAGUUUAUAUCAUUGAUUCAUCACAGUAGUACCUGAAUCAUUACAUCUGCAGGAAUCGUUUUUUACAAUGCGUGUGCAUUAUUCAGGGACAAUCCCCGAAUAAGAAUUAACACGAGUUAAUUACACAAGUUGAAUGGAGCCAUUCGACUCUGUAAUAUUUUAACGGUUGUCUGUAAAUUAAGUUUCAAUACUUACGUUUUAAUUUAACAAUUCCUUUUCAUGUAAAAUGUCGUUCUAGCGUCGUGUUAAAGCAUACAUGUUUAAUCUUAUUUCUAAUAAUAGAAUUUUGUGUAUAUCUACAUAUACGUGCAGGUAAGACCCGUCUUACGACUUUUUACAUUAAUGAUCUUUUUAAAAUCAUCGAAGUAUCUUAAAUAUAAAUUAAACGUUUGUUUUAGUAAUUUAUUAUUUUAAAUACUUGUUUAAAUAUUUAAAAACACUUUUGUUAUUUCUAAAAGACAGCAAUAUUAGUGCACGUUUGGGAAAAAUUUGGCAAUUUUCGGACCUGUCUUAUUUAAUUGUAUUUACAAAUUGCUCCUGUUUUACGAUUCUUUACUUUACGACCUUAUUUUUCCACUGAAGUUUAACCCCGUCGUAAAACAUGUCCAACCCGUAUAUGAAAUUAAUUUCAAUAAAUAUUAUAUAUUUCAAAGUGAUAAAUUGUGGAAGACAGUAAUUGUUUCUUCCUUUUUUUGUUGGAUAAUGGAGAAAAUUUAUCAAAUUCUAUACUGACCUAGGCUGACCAUACAUAUUUCGCAUUUUAAUCUUGCUUUCCAAGAUAAAUCAUAUAUGCGUGACACACUUUCUCGUAUACCAUUAUUAUAGAUGCGUUGAGAAAAUGUUUGGUCGAAUACACAAUAAAACAAUGAAAGUGCGUUUAGUACGUCGUGUAUUGAUAAACUUACAACUCCGAUCACUGCCAGGAUGUAUUAUCAACAUCUUUUUAUAUUGUGAUGUUCAGAUAUUCAUUCCAUUCCGUUCCACGUAAUACUCUCGUGCGAUUUCUGCACCGAAAUAUUUCUUCUGAUAAACUUGCGAUGAAUGUACAAGUCCAAAUAUGAAAUAAACGAAUUUUUUAAGAAA